CCAGAAGGAAGAGCGUCCUCGUAGGGCAGCACACGUGAGAGCUGCGGGUAGCGGGGGGGGCACAGCUCCGUUCUGCUUCAACCCCCCCCUCCGUCGCUGCGUCCCAACAUCCCCGGGAUUCCCGUUGACCGAUGGCGGCCGCCGGGGAGCCGCCCUCCGACGAGCCGCCCGCGUGGUUCCUGGAGCUGCAGGAGCUGCAGGAGCUGCUGAUGGCAGCGGAGCCCCUCGAGCCCCCCGCCCCCGGGGGGGCGCAGCAGGAAGAAGAACCGGCCCCGCUCUGGGCUGCGGGGGACCCGGCGCGCCGCGAGCCGGACGAGACGCUGAGCGCCGAGCUGCUGCAGCUCCUGGGAGCGGACGGCGCGAUCGGCGCGGCUCCCGAGCCCCCCCACCCCCCCGGAAACCCCCCCGGAGAGGCGGAAGGGCGGCCCGUGGGGCGCGGGGCGAAACGGAAGCGCGCGGUGGGGGAGCAGCAGAGCGAGCAGCGGCUGCGGCAGCUGAGCGCCCACAACGAGCGGCUCCGGGCUGAGGUCGGGCGGCUGAGCGCCGAGGUGCAGCGCAUGCGGGCGGCCCUCAUCGAGCGCGUCCUCAGCCUGCGCCGCGCUUAGGGGGCGGAUGGGGCGGCCCGGCCCUUGGGGGGCAGCGCCACGGCACGGACCGAGGGCUUCAGCACCGCUGUACGGCAUCUGUGUUUUAUUACACGCGUGGCACGGCGCCGUCCCGCUCUGUUAUUUCUUCCCCGCGUUCUGAGCCAGCGCCAGCUCCCGUUUCAGUGCCA